UUUCCGCAUAAGAGAGUCGCAGAAAGUUAAAUAAAUUGGAAUUUUAAAUUGGCGACAGCUUACGCUUUUAAAAUGUUGCUGCAACGCGCGCUCGACGAUAGCCUCAUCGAUUUUGACAGUCGUGUGCUGGUCACCGAUUUGCUGGAGAAAUACAAAUUAACAUACAAGGAGGUGAACGACACGCUGGAGGCGCACAUCAAGCAGCAGGAGCUGAAGUGUGGCACCAAAUACGAGAAGUGCUUUCUUGUUCAUGGCAACAAAGCAGCUGGCAAUGGAGGUGCACCCACCGAGGUCUACACGAUUGUCCAGGGUGAAAGCAAAUUGAAGGAAUGGCUCCGCAAAUUGCAAAAUGCACAGUCCCAGCUAUACUCGGUGGAAGUGGCUGGCGGCUCCAAGGCACCCGCACAGAUAUUUAAGCCCAUGCAGCAUUUGGAGGUGCGGCUGGCCAAGCUGGAGAAACGUGCGGCAGCAGCCACGACAGCAAGGCCGACGCCAGCGAUGAGCAAUGGAGUGCAUAAAGCACCCGACGCGACAAUGCCGAAGCGUGAAUCAACUUCUAAUAGUAAUGCCACAAAUGGCAGUAAGAUGGAAACCACAGAGAAGGGAAAGCAGAACGAGAAGAAAGAGUCGCCUACGGAGCAAAAGAAAGGAAAAGCAGCAGCGGCCGGCAACAAGAAGAGUAGCAUUAGCAGUUUCUUCACAGCAGGAGCAGCUGCCAAAGCACAGACAAAGCCAGCCAAGGACACUAAAGCAGCGACCAAUAACACCAUGGAAAACUUCUUCAAGAAGCAGCCAGCGAGUGAGGCGGCAAAGGCGAGCCCCAAAAAAGAAACAGCCGCCUCCAACACCUCAGUGCAGCUCUUCGACGAGGAGAGCAGCCCAUCUUCGGAUGAGGAAGAAAAGUUGGACAAAUUGCGCCGCACCGUCGUCGCGUCGGACAAUGAAUCCGAUACCGAGGAUAUCAAGGCCUCCACCUCAAGCAGCAAACGUCGUCGUAUCAUGGACUCCGACGAUGAAGAGCAGCCACAAAAGAAAGCCAACGAGAAAGAGAUUGAAGCCAAGCCAGAGCCUCAUACUGAAGUAAUGGAUGUGGAUGCAGAAGAGGAUGCCGCGGCGCCCCCAGCCGAAACGUAUCUCGAUGAGGAUGGCUUCGUCAUCACCAUCAAGCCCAAGAAAGCAGCUCAGCCAGCCAAGAAGCGCGCUUCUCCAGCAUCGGCAGCGCAGACGGCGCCAGCCUCAAAGAAAAAGAGUCCGCCCUCAGCCAACAAAAACACAGCCGGCGCAAAAACGAAGCAAGGCAACAUUAUGAGCUUCUUUACCAAAAAAUGAAUUUAUAACAUAUUGGUUGCACCCCUAUCUACAACAAUAAAAACAUUUCGAAUUCCAUUUAAAGAAAUGUUAAAUAAAAUUAAAGUAUUUUAGACAUUA